GUGACUCUCUUCUUUUUCAUACAUCUUUCAUAAUAAGUGUUUUCUUGAUAUAAAUGUGCAAGCCUCCUUCAAGCUAACUUAUGUUCUGUGCGAUGUUUUAGUGGGAUUGUUUACAAUGUAACACACGGACCAAAUUUUAGAGAUGAAUAUGAAAAUAAUGAUCUAUAUUUUAACAGAGUUGUGUAAUUACGUAAUUUUCCUACAAAUAUGUAAUAAUAGUUUGUUACUAUUUGAAAAAUAUCACCCUCGAACUAAUAUUAGGGGAAAAAAGCUUCCAAGCAUUGACUUGGCAAAUACCCUUCAUCGCCCAUUGAUUCGAGGUAAAUAAAGCACCCAUGUUUAAACAACAUGGCGGUUGACAGUAAUCUGGGUUAGCAAGAAAUGUAGACAUUAAUCUCUACAUUUUUGCAAACCACUUAGUGCUGAUUUCUAAAUUAGCUAUCUAUUCUACUGCUGAAAAAACAACGGAUUUCCGGUUUCUAGUUGUUCGUUAAUAUCAACGACAGAAUGAGCAACAUCUACAUUCAAGAGCCUCCAUCAAAUGGAAAGAGUGGUGCCAGAGUUCAUUGUCCAAGGAGGAGAUCCCACAGGCACCUGGACGGUGGAGAGUCCAUCUAUGGACGGCAGUUCAAGGAUGAGUUCCACUCCAGACUGCACUUCAACAGACGAGGCCUGGUUGCCAUGGCCAACGCAGGGCCCCAUGACAACGGCAGCCAGUUCUUCUUCACCCUUGGCCGGGCAGAUGAGCUCAACAACAAACACACCAUCUUUGGAAAGGUGACAGGUGAUACAAUGUACAACAUGCUCAGGUUAGCAGAAAUGGAAUGUGAUCCGGAGGAAAGACCUUUAAAUCCACACAAGUUACAAACCACUGAGGUGUUACAUUCUCCCUUCGAUGACAUCAUUCCAUGUGAAACAAAAGAAURGCAAAAGGAUGAAGACAAAAAAUGGGGCAAGAAAUCUCAGUCCAAAGCAACAAAGUGUUUAAUUUACUAUUAUAAACACUUUCUCUGCUCCUCACUCUCAAUCUGUUGCUGACCUGGAAGCGUGGCACUGUAGUUAUGAACGGUCAACCAUACUUGUUUUGUCAGGAACUUUAGUCUGUUGUCAUUUGGAGAGGAAGCUUCAAAUCAAGCUCGCCAUCUUAUGUAUUGUGUCACCCAUUCUGUGUCUGUCAGAUAUAUACACACACCUUGUUUCUUUUCAUCCAGACACUGAAGGGGAAAAGUAAAACAGUCAUGACCUGCUGAAGGAUGAUCCACUGCUGAGCUCUGUCCCCACAGUCAACAAGUCACUACACUAAGACGUAGUACAGACACCAUGUUCUGCUGCCUCAACUUAUCUUGUUUUGACAAUGAAUUAAAUUCAUGAGUUAAUAUAUUAUUCAUAUUUAUUUGAUUCUAUUUGUCUUGUUAUUGAAGGAAAAAAGCCAAGGUGCAGUAGGAGAAGCAGCAGACUUAUGAACUUAUUCCUUCAUGUUGUCUGUUCAAUCAAGACAAAAUGCAUCACAUUAUAAUGCAUUCCAUUCAACUUGUUGGAAAACACCUUUUCUCUGAGUGUUCUCCAUGCUUUCUCUCUCUCACACUCUCUUGUGUUCAGGGAGAGGAUGAUGAGGAUGGUGAUAAAAGGAGUAUGACUGAUGAGAGGCAGGAAAUGAGGGAGAGGAUCUCUAAGAAGCUGAAGAAGAUGGAGGAGGAGGAGAAGAGUACAGACCCCAGCGAGGAGGGAAGAGGGCCAACCGCAGGUAGAUUACACAAAAAUGAUAUACCAUCCACAGCAUACCCUAAAUGCCGUUUACACAUAUUUUUAAUUUGAGGAAUGUUUUCUCACAUGUUACGCUAUAAUAGCAUUGUUUACGUUACUUGUUCAUCAGUGUUCAGAGUUUAUGACACUUUUUCUUCAAGGCCCAAUGCAGCUGUUUUAAUAUUAUUAUWWWAUAAUUUCUGGAUAACAGUUAAGUACCUUACUAGCUAGGUUUCCAUCCAAUUGUUGACAGAUUUUUAUGCAUAAAAACAAUAUUUUCCCACCA